UCAUCAUUCAUUAACUUUCUCCAUUUUUCGUUAACAUUUCAAUAUUUUCUUCAUAUUCUUGAUUCAAUCAUGACCGAUCUUCACGAUGAUGUUGAAGUUCCUAGCUUUUUUCUAUGCCCGAUUUUACUCGAGAUCAUGAAAGACCCGGUAACGCUCUCCACAGGGAUCACAUACGAUCGCGAUAGCAUCGAAAAAUGGUUGUUUGUUCACAAGAAAGGUGUCUGUCCCGUAACCAAACAAGUCGUUGAUGACAUCGAGCUCACCCCAAACCACACCCUUCGACGAUUAAUCCAAUCGUGGUGCGCCCUUAAUCCUUCAUCCGGUGUCCAAAACUUCCCCACACCUCGGAUUCCAAUCACAAAAACUGAGAUUAUCAAACUCCUCAAUGAUUCAAAGCUUCCUCACAUGCAAACCAAUAGUUUGAAGAGACUAAAAACCGUUGUUUUAGAGAACGAAAUGAACAAGCGGUUGAUGGAGUCGGUUGGAGCAGUGGAUCAGCUAGCGUCCAUCGUAAACAACAUGAAAAAUAGCAUCACAUCAUCAUCACCGCCCCGAGAUACCACCCCAGCCGACGAAGCGUUAAGUAUUCUUUACCACCUUAAUCUUUCACCAACCGGUCUCAAAUCUUUAUCUCUAAACACAGGAGAUUUCAUGGAGAUGUUAACGAACAAGAUGCAACGAGGCGCCAGUCGCGAGACACGAACUUACGCUGUCAUGUUAACAAAAUCAAUAUUAGAGGUAACGGAUCAGCCCAUGCAACUCACGUUGUUAAACCCUAAUUUCUUCUUGCAGCUCAUACAAAUCUUAAUGGAUCAAAUCUCCAAAAAGGGCACAAAAGCAACACUAAAGAUACUAAUCAACGUUUGUGGAUGGGGUCGAAAUCGGAUAAAAGCGGCUGAGGCAGGCGUGGUGCCGGUGUUGAUCGAAACCCUACUGAAUUCUACAAAAAGGAGAGUCUCCGAGAUGAUUCUUGUUCUUUUGGAUCAGAUUUGUGAGUGUGCUGAAGGGCGGGCGGAGCUGUUGAAUCAUGCGGGUGGUUUAGCGGUGGUUUCGAAGAAGAUAUUCCGGGUGUCAUCUGUGGCGAGUGAGAAGGCGGUGAGGAUAUUGCAUUCGGUGGCGAAGUUUUCCGGUAACCAGAGUGUUUUACAGGAGAUGUUGCAGGUGGGGGUGGUUGGAAAACUUUGUUUGGUGGUGCAGGUGGAGUGUGGAAAGAAGAUGAAGGGGCAUGCAACUGAGGUUUUGAAGAUGCACUCUAGGGUUUGGAAGAGUUCUUCUUGUAUACCUUAUAAUUUGAUUUCUUCAUAUCCAUGUUAGAAGAAAAGGUUUUAUGAAAUAUGAUUAGAUGUU